AUUCCCUUUCAACUGUACAGUUUUAUCUUUCUCAAUUACAUUACUCUCCUUCUGUAAAGCAAAGUUUCAUGCCCAUACAAAAAGAGAAGGUAAAGUUGAGGAAGAGAGAAAGUGGUUUAUCUUUUUCUUUUUGUGCGUCUUUCAUGGGGAAGAGCGAAGCAAUUUUUUCUCUUUCUGACUCAAUUUAGCAUCGGGACUUUAUAUAAAAUACACUUCUUUUUGAAGCGGUUGUAUCAUAUGAGUUGUUGUAUGCGCGUGAUUAUGAUGAGUACAAGAAUUUAUUCUUACAAAAACUAACAAAAACGUUGAGGAAACCCAGUUUUUAUUCAUUUGUUUUUACUUCGAACCUGGAGGCUACAGGGAUUUAGGACCAAUUUCAGCUUCCCAAGAGUGUCUGCCGUCAGUUUUUUUUUUUUUUUCUGGGUUUGUGUGUUAGACAGAAGAGUAGAACUCAUAGAAACGCGUUCACAGUAAAGGUUCGUGAAAUUUAAAGCCUCAGAAGCUUGAUAAUCAUUGUGGUCUCUGCCUCGUUUUAAUCUCCAGAUUAAGAAAAACCAUUCAGUAAUGUUGAGAAAUAGAUCAAGAGCAGUGACGAGCAAGCAAAGUUUAAUGGCGGAUCAUCACAGUUUUCAAUCAUCAUUAAACUCUCAAAGCAACAAGAGACCGAUCUCUUUCUUAUUUUCUCCACGAUUCCGAGCUUUGACAACAAAUGGCCUCGCUGAAGCUGAAGUUGCCAUAACUCCAACUUCAUUCCUCGACUCAAAACCAUUCUCUCCUAUUUGCAACUUCAUCUCCGAUGACAUAUUGAAGUCUCCUCCUAAACAUUCCAAGGGAAAUUCAGAGUCUAAAGCCAUUAGUACUCAAGGUCUUAUUGACGUCUUAACUGACAAUAAAACCAUUGAGGAGAAUCCUUCUAAACCAAACAACAAAAACGUUUUCUUUGGAAACAAACUAAGAGUUCAACUUUCUGCCAUGCCUGUUUCUAAUCCUUGUCCAUCUCCAUGUCCGUCCCAAAAAUCUCCAGUUGUCGAAAGAGACGAUGUUAUUUCUCCAGGGUGUACUUCUGCGACAGAAAUGGAGCUUUCUGAAGAUUAUACGUGCGUGAUAUCACAUGGAGCGAAUCCGAAAACUACUCACAUAUUUGACGACUGCAUUAUCGAGAGCUACUGUUCUUUAUCUGAAAAAUCCGACUUCUCAGGGGAGAAUAAUAACAUUAAUUUCCUCAGCUUUUGCCAUACUUGCAGGAAGAAUCUUGAACAGAAAAACGACGUUUACAUCUACAGGGGUGACAAAGCUUUCUGCAGUCAAGAAUGCCGCUACCAAGAAAUCCUGCUUGAUGAACUGGAGAAUUAAUCUAGAAUUUAAUUCAUGAUGCUACCAAUAAAUUUUCCAUUAUUACCAAUGUAGAGAGGAACAAUAAAAUUUAUUUAUUUUUCUUGUUAUUUUUUCAAAUAAUGGAGAAUAUAAUGUAAACUUAUUUCUUUUA